AUGGCGGAGGAAUCGCCGUAUAUCGCUCCACAACCGCGACAUCCGAAUGCCGCCUUCGACGGUCUUGCGCUCGAUCAUUCCGAUUCCUCUACGUCCUUACCAGCAGAUUCGCACGAUAUAACCAGUCACAGAAGUCUACUAGGCAGAGCCCUAGCAAGCGAAAAUGCCAGCCCAAAUGCCACACCCGCUCUUCCCGAAUCUAUCAUUUCCCCAGCCAUUACACCCCCCUCCACACCGGGAGGUACCAUAAUUCGCACGCAACAGGCUAUUCAAGUCCAGCCGAAUGAUGCUGGAACCCACAAAUAUGUGCACAAGGGGCCCAAGUUGAUGGACCGACUGCCGAACGUCGAAUGUAUCGUUCGCGCAAGAAUCCCCACCACAACGGGUGCUGAGAUGUUUCUCCAUUUAUACCAGAAUGAUGUUGAUAAUAAAGAGCAUUUGGCCAUUGUGUUUGGGAAUCAUAUUCGAUCGAGAAGUUUGGACCGCGUGCAGGAAGGGGAGACCGAGAUGGAUCGUAUGAUACGGGGUGCGUACGUCGGUAGACUACAUCCUGGUCGGGUGAGCAGUCGGUUUGAUGACGAGGAUGGUGUGAAUGGGGGAGAAGCAGCGGAUAAAUUAAGAAAGAGUCUGCAGGCUCCUCUUGUCAGGAUUCAUUCGGAAUGUUACACGGGCGAAACGGCUUGGUCUGCUCGAUGCGAUUGUGGCGAGCAACUGGAUGAAGCUGCGAGGUUAAUGUCGAUGGCAUCAGAAUCGCCUUCGGCCAUUGGUAUGAAUGAAGACGGUCCGAUUCUCGAAAACACUGCUUUGCCGUCGUCUAUUUCAGCUCCCACCUCCAAAAACGACGGACCGGGAGGCGUAAUUAUCUAUCUUCGACAAGAAGGCCGUGGCAUCGGCUUGGGCGAAAAGCUCAAAGCAUACAAUUUGCAGGAUCUGGGAUCUGAUACCGUCGAGGCUAAUUUACUUCUACGCCACCCCGCAGAUGCGCGCAGUUAUGGUCUUGCUACUUCCAUGCUUGUGGAUUUGGGACUUGGUGCUGAUGCAUAUCCGGAGGGUAUCCGGUUGCUCACUAAUAACCCAGACAAGGUUCUAGCUGUGGAAGGCCCCAAUAGAGAAGUUCGUGUUAAAGAGCGAGUGGCUAUGAUACCGAUCGCCUGGAGGACAGGCGGACAGAAGGGUAUAAGGAGCAGGGAAAUAGAGGGAUAUUUACAAACUAAGAUUGGCAAAAUGGGCCAUAUGAUUCGAUAG